AUGAUCACGAAACACGACGCGAAACCCUCAAUUUUCCCUACCCACACCCACUGGUACGAAUCCACCUUGAGAUCCGCCUCCGCCGACGCCGGCGUAAUCCACUCGUACGACACCGUUUUUCAUGGUUUCUCGGCGAAGCUCUCGGCGGGGGAGGCUGAGAAGCUGGAGAGCCGGUCAGGGGUAAUGGCGGUGAUUCCGGAGCAGGUGAGGCAGCUGCACACGACGCGGUCACCGGAGUUUUUAGGAUUGAAGACCGCCGACAAUGCGGGACUACUGAAGGAGUCGGAUUUCGGGUCGGAUCUCGUAAUCGCGGUGAUUGAUACUGGGAUCUGGCCCGAGAGGCCGAGCUUCGACGAUCGAGAUUUGGGGCCCGUGCCGGCGAGAUGGAAGGGUGAGUGCGUCGCCGGUGAUAAAUUCCCGGCAUCUCUAUGCAACCGGAAGUUGAUCGGAGCGAGGUACUUCUGCGGCGGCUACGAGGCGAGCAACGGGAAGAUGAACGCGACCUCCGAGUUCCGUUCGGCGAGGGACUCCGACGGCCACGGCACCCACACAGCCUCCAUCGCCGCCGGCAGGUACGUUUUCCCUGCCUCGACCCUCGGCUACGCCCGUGGCGUCGCAGCCGGGAUGGCCCCCAAGGCCCGCCUCGCCGUCUACAAGGUCUGCUGGACCGCCGGCUGCUACGACUCCGACAUCCUCGCCGCAUUCGACGCCGCCGUCGCCGACGGUGCCGACGUCAUCUCCCUCAGCGUCGGCGGCGUGGUGGUGCCCUACCACCUCGACGCCAUCGCCAUCAGCGCUUUCGGCGCGUUCGACGCCGGCGUCUUCGUCUCCGCCUCCGCCGGCAACGGAGGCCCCGGCGGCCUCACCGUCACCAACGUCGCCCCCUGGGUGACCACCGUCGGCGCCGGGACCAUGGACCGCGACUUCCCUGCUGACGUGAGGCUCGGUGAUGGGAGAAUCCUCCCCGGCGCCAGCGUCUACGGCGGGCCCGCGCUGGCGCACGAUAAGCUUUACCCGCUAAUCUACGCCGGCAGCGAAGGCAGCGAUGGCUACUCCUCCUCCCUCUGCCUGGAAGGCUCUUUAGAUCCGAAAAUCGUCGAGGGCAAAAUCGUACUCUGCGACCGUGGGAUUAAUUCCAGAGCCGCCAAGGGCGAGGUAGUGAAGAAAGCUGGCGGAGCCGGAAUGAUUCUCGCCAACGGAGUUUUCGAUGGUGAAGGCCUCGUCGCCGACUGCCACGUGUUGCCAGCGACGUCCGUCGGCGCAUCCGCCGGCGACGAGAUCCGAAAGUACAUCCGGUCAAAAUCCCUUCCAACGGCCACCAUCAUUUUCCGCGGCACUCGUCUCCACGUGGCUCCAGCUCCGGUGGUUGCCUCCUUCUCAGCCCGCGGCCCAAACCCACAGACCCCAGAGAUCCUGAAGCCCGACCUGAUUGCCCCGGGCCUAAACAUACUCGCAGCCUGGCCCGAUAACGUGGGCCCAAGCGGCAUCCCAUCCGACCACCGCCGAACGGAGUUCAAUAUCCUCUCCGGCACGUCCAUGGCCUGCCCGCACGUCUCGGGCCUUGCCGCACUUUUGAAAGCGGCCCACCCGGAGUGGGGCCCAGCCGCCAUCCGGUCAGCCCUGAUGACCACAGCGUACAGCCGGGACAGCCUCGGCAAGCGAAUGCUCGAUGAGUCGACCGGGAAUUCAUCGACCGUGAUGGAUUACGGGUCGGGCCACGUCCGGCCCCAACGGGCCAUGGACCCGGGCCUCAUUUACGACCUCACCGCCUACGAUUACAUCGACUUCCUCUGCAACUCGAACUACACGUGCAAGAACAUCCAAACGGUGACACGAAAAACGGCCGACUGUAGCGAGGCGAGAAGAAGGGAAGGGCAUAUCGGUAAUCUGAACUACCCGUCCAUGACGGCCGUUUUUCAGAUGUACGGGACGAAGCGUAAACUUUCGACACACUUUAUUAGGACGGUGACGAAUGUUGGGGACUCGAAUUCAGUUUACAAUGUGAAAAUCCGGCAGCCGAGAGGGGUGUCUGUGACGGUGGAGCCGGAGAGGCUUGUUUUCCGGCGAGUUGGGCAGAAGCUGAAUUUUCUCGUUCGGGUACAGACUGAGACAGUGAAACUGUCGGCCGGGAGCUCGGCCGUGAAAAGCGGGUCGAUCGAGUGGAGUGAUGGGAAGCAUGUUGUGACUAGUCCUGUAGUUGUGACCUUGCAACAACCCAUUUGA